AUGGAGCAUGAAUGUGAGCAACAACAUUUCACGCCCUUGGUUUUCACCUCUCACACGGGAAAGGUAUUCCAGGUGGAAAUUGAUGAUAUCGCACAAUUGUCGCCAAAGCACGGCAGAUCCAACAGUGUGGUAUCAAUCAUUGAGCUGAGAGCUUCAUCUCCAUCCCCAAAGAUAUCUGCCUUGGGAGGUUUUGAUGGCCAUGGACCCGAUGAUCCACAACUUCCAAAAGCCCUGCCUUCACACCAGCGGAAACGUUCCUCGUGCGGAGGCUCUCCUCUUGUUUCCUUCACGACUUCUACACAGUCGUGCGAGAAAAUGGAAACCUCGGGCAUGAAAUCAUCGUCAUCUCGCAAGAAGCAACCGGAAAAUUCUUUGUGUGAUGAUUUCCAGGAGGGUGAGGAGUUCGAUGUCUGCAAAGCUUAUAUGGUUUAUAAUGAAUAUGGUGAACUGUUCAGAGCGAGAAUGAAAGAUAUCGAACAGAUCAAGGGCCAAAGCUCAUUGAGCUCAGAAAAGGACAACUUAACAUCUGAGGAAAAAUUGUCAUAUUGGGAAUACAACCCGAGCCCAUCGACGAAAACUACACCGGUCAGUGGAGAGCUGCAGUCUCGGUCUGUUCCUGUUUACCAAGGACCACCUCGGGUCUUGGAGAUUGGGUGUAGCGAUGGGAGUUGGUGUUUCAAAGUUAAGGAAGACCAACCAGAUUGGACUGUGGAGGGAAUCGAUGAGACAGACCACUGGUCUUGUGUGCAAAGAGACAUUCAACUUGAGGAUUUUAUUGUUCCGACUCCCGAAAUGGACAUGUCCGAUUAUUUCAGCCGUGUCAAUUCUUCACAAACCCAAUCCGCUCCUGCCUUUAACGUUCGAAACCUCAAUUGUCUACUGGCGCACGCGGAUCCUAUUCCACAUAAUCUAUACUCCUUUAUCCGUGGAAGAGAUGUCUUCGACAGAGUUGAGAGUUACAAGAGCUUUUUGGAUGAUGUUCGCUUAAUUCUACAACCUGGUGGAGUUGUGGAAUUUUUGGAAGUUGACCCUAGACCAAGAUCAAAAUUGGCAGGUCAUACUACUGUGAAUCGUGAAGAAUAUCACCGGAGCGUACCCCAAACUGACUGGACUGAUAAUAUUGCCGAUCGUCUUAAGCGGCCAUCUUACGAUAGCGAACUUGCAGAUACAGUCCCCGGUUGGAUGGAAAGAGUCAUAGAACGCCAUAAAGCAAUAUUGCGUCCACGUGAUGGAAUUCCCGCCGCCAAUCUAAAGUCUUGGCUAGAAGGGGCGGGAUUCUGGGAUGUCAAAGAGAUUGUUCAUCGGCUACCCGUAGGAGGAUCUACAACUACCGGUCAACGUCUAAAGGAAUUCAUCCUAUACCAGAUUGAGCUCGAGAACGAUAUACCUCAGCUUCGCGAGAGGUUGUCACCUGUCGAAAUUGAGGAGAUUGAGAGUGGCAAUCACUACCUCACCUUACACAUCGUAACGGCACGUAAGCCGCGCUGCCCCCGAGCUGGCGAUCUUCUCAUGAAUGGCACCAGAGAGGAAAUGACGGAUAUGAAAUAUGAUCAGAUGGCUCGAGUCAAUGAAUUGCCAGUGAAGAACCAAGCAGGAUGGAAAAGAUUCGAUCUCGGUCGUAUUUCCGAAAUGAUGACAUCAUUCGAUGAACAUCACCCUGGAAACAUCUCACUGUCAUCACCACUCUCUCAAUUAAGAGAUGGGGCUUGAUGUAAGUCAGAGUGAAGUAGG